CUCCAAACAUUUAUCUUCCUUUUCCUCAAUCAUCUCUCCUCUUCAAAACUGAUAAUAAUUAUUAUAAAGAAGAGUUUCGUUUAAGUAUUUUCUUCUUUUCGUCUUUAGCUUGUCGACGUGAUCGGAGAUCAUGGAGGACAGCCGGCGAGGAGGACUGUCGAGAGUGGAGAAGAUAGAUCUGAAGAAGAUGGACGAGCAACUCGAUCGACUCUGGAUAAUGCAGAAACGUAAAGAAAGAGAGAAACAGAUGAAGCUUAGGGAAUGGGAAAUUGACGCCGAUAAGCUGACCGUCAAUGUUGCCCUCGCUAGUGGUACUUACGCUUCUGUAUACAAAGGAGUUUACGACGGCCAAGACGUUGCCGUGAAAGUGCUUGAGUGGGGAGAGGAAAGCAAAAGGUCUAGAGUCGAAGCAGCAUUCAUGAAGGAGGUUUCCGUUUGGCAUAAGCUUGAUCACCCUAACAUUGCUAAGCUUAUAGGUGCUAAAAUGGAUUCUACUAAUUGUUGUAUUGUUUCUGAGUAUCUUUGUGGAGGUAGUGUGAAAUCUUAUCUUCAACAGAACCGGGAAAGGAAGCUGCCUUUCAAGAUUGUCAUUCAACUUGGACUAGAUCUUGCUAGAGGGUUGAGUUAUCUUCAUUCUAAGAAGAUUGUACAUAGAGACGUAAAAACAGAAAAUCUACUUCUCGAUGAAAAUUUUAGGUUAAAGAUAAUUGAUUUUGAUGUUUCUCGUGGCGAAUCGUUAAACCCUGAUGAGAUGACAGGCAGCACAGGCACAGUUGGUUACAUGGCCCCUGAGGUGAUUGAAUGCAAACCGUACAAUAGAAAAUGCGAUGUAUACAGCUUUGGAAUUUGCUUGUGGGAGAUAUGCAGUUGCAACUCAUCUUACCGCAACCUAAGCUUACCAAGAUUGUCAAGAUUGAUCACUUCCCCCGGUAUCCGACGGGCUAUGAGACCGGACAUUCCCGGAGACUGUCCGAGAGCACUAGCCAACGUGAUGAGGAAGUGUUGGAAUGCAGAUCCUAAUAGCAGACCAGAGAUGGAAGAAGUAGUCACAAUGUUAGAGGCCAUUAAAGACACAUCAACAAGUACCUGCUUCUGUUUCUUCAGGAGGACUUGAUGCUAGAAAUACCCCUUUUUUUUUCUUUUUUUUUUUUUUUUUUUGGGGUGUAAAUCGAAAGUAGUAGCAGCUAGUCAGUAGAUGUUUUUCAUGAGCAUGUUUCAGAGAGUUGAAUUUUGGUCUCCAGAUUACAGGAAUAACAACAGGUUAGUCGC